AUUUUGACAUAAAAUAUUCGCAUUUUUGCAUUUUAAUUAAUAAUUUAAGUAUUUGUAUUCUUGAAUCAAAAAAAUAAUUUAUAAACGAACUGAAUGUUUACUUGAAAAUAAAGAUGUAUGAAGUAUAGAAUAUACGUAUAUUGAUAAAUCCUAUUGGCAUUUUGACUCGCGAAGUUUUGCAAUUCAUUGUUUAUUUUCCCGUUCCUGUGGCUGUGGUCGUGUAGAAAGUUGUUGUUACGAAAUGACAGUUGCGUAAAUAGAUUUUAUCAUGAAUAAAGAAAGCGCAAAUAGCACCCCGAAAAGAACCACGAUUUUUCGAUACAAUCGCACCACGAAUGAUUUACUGACACAUUCUGAGAUCGAACACUUAAAUGACAGUAAUGGCAAUGGAUUAAAGGCAGUCAGCUCUGUGACUGGAGCAAUUAACAGUUUCUUCAGAUUGUCCUCCCCCCCUCUGUCAGAUGAACCCAAAUCAAGGUCGUUUGAAUCUCUGAACACAGUAGGCAGUGAAGGUCAUCUUUUAAUUCAUCAACAUGAAGAGCACAUUUUGAACAAACGCAGUGGCAACAUGCAUAGCCAAUCCAAAGGAGACUCUGAAGACUUGAGCAAAACCUCUCAAUCUGUAAGUAAUGACUCCCCAACUAUUUGCUUCACAAAUCACGAACACUCGCCAAAUGUGACAUUCAGUGUGUUUGGCGAUGAUUCGAGCGUGACCGACUCCAUCGCGAGCACGAGUAGUGGCAUGCAGAGAGGUGCCGUCCGCAGAUCCACAGGUAGCCUAGACUUGGGAGAGAAGAGCUUUGAAAAUUCCCUGAACCACAUUCUGAACAAAUGCUCUGCGACCUCACUAGAAGUUGUUUCUGAUAUAAAGGAUGAAGCGAAGAAAGCUGUGCACAAAAAGAAGAAUACUCCUUGGUACACGCAGAUGCUGAGUCCCACAUACAAGACUCGCAGUGAAGAUUUCAAGAAGCAGUUCAAAGACAUUCCUUCAGAAGAGAGGCUCAUUGUUGAUUACUCGUGUGCCCUACAGAAGGAGAUACUAGUCCAUGGUCGGAUGUUCCUAACACAGAAUUGCAUCUGUUUCUAUGCCAACAUAUUUCGAUGGGAGACAGUUGUGACAAUACCACUACGAGAGGUGACUGCAAUUACUAAGGAGAAGACUGCCCGAGUGAUCCCCAAUGCAGUGCAGGUGAGCACUGACCGGGACCGGUACUUCUUCACAUCGUUCACGGCCCGUGACAAGACCUUCAUGAUGCUGUUCAGGAUGUGGCAGAAUGUGCUACUGGAUCAGCCGCUGUCCCCCCAGGAGUUGUGGCACUGUGUACACAGUUGCUAUGGUGAUGACCUUGGCCUGACCUCCAGCGAUGAUGAUUAUGUGCCCCCACCCAGCGAAAGCAAAGACUCGUCUGCCUCAAAACACCUAAAUUCUGGCAAGGGUGACUCCUCUGAGCUUCUGGUGGCAUCUGACCUGCAGAAUGGCGUUGACGAACGUGACUCCACGCAGGCUGACAUAAGCCUGGAAGAUUCCGGGUCCAUUCAUGUUGGGGUUGCCGAGGGAGAUGACGCAGACCAGACAGACUUCAGCGACACAACGGAGGACGACGUCAGUGAAGGAGAGGUGGUGUGUUCAGAGCAUGAUCACCUUGUGAAGCUUGCACACAAUGAGGUGUACCAUCUAUCUGUGGACAAGCUGUUUGAGCUGCUCUUCACGGACUGCGAGUUCUUCAGGAUGUUCAUACAGCAGAGAAAGUACACAGAUGUAACGCUGAGUCCAUGGCAAGAUGAGACAGGGGAGACAAUUAGUAGAGUGCGAGAGGUCAGUUACACCAUUCCACUGAACGCUCCAUUUGGCCCCAAGACUUCUCACACUAUAGAGAAACACACAUGCUUUAAGCAGAGUCAGCCGGGCGUGCAAUAUGUAAUAGAUGCCGAGUGUACCCCUCUCGGUAUACCAUACGCAGACGCGUUCUACGUCAUGAACCGAUACUGUUUGUUGAGAGUUUCAAAGGAGAAGAGUCGGUUGCGUGUGACCAGUGAAGUCAAGUAUAGGAAAUCUGUGUGGGGAGUCGUUAAGAACAUGAUAGAGCGCAACAGCAUGCAGGGGGUGAUGGACUACUUCCAGUGUCUAGGUGUACAUCUGCGUAAAGAAUGUGAAAACCAACAGAAAGUGCAUUCACAGCCUACAAUAGCAAAGCGGAAACUUAGAAAGAGGCGUAGCCAUGGGUUACGAAGCACAGCUGUAGCUGAAAUGUCAUCUGCUUCACGGCAGAUGUCAAGGUCAACUUCUCGGCAACGAUCUCUGGUGGAAAAUGUCGCUUUGCCCCCCACUCCUGUCAGAAAUGUGGCCACAUCCCAGAAGGAAGAAAAGCUUUUACGUAUGAACACAGACACCCUCAUCAGAGUUGUGUGCUUCAUCCUGGUGUUGUUGGUGAUGUUCAAUGCGCUGUUGUUCUAUAAGCUCUGGUCCCUGGAACUGGUGGCCAAUGUUCUCUACCUGCCCAGGUCACAGCAGGCCUUCAAGGAUCUGGAGGGGAAUCCACCACAAAGCCAUGCAGACUGGAUGAAGUUGCUACAACAACAACAGAGGCUUCAUGAAGCUGAGAUGAGUAAAUGGCAGGACCUGUUAGGGGCCUCUAUAGUCAUGGUAGAUCAGAUGAAGACAACUUUAUCAAAUUUACAAGGUCAUAUAUCUAGUACAGGGAGAAUGAAGACAAGUGAAGACAACUGUGAGACAGAUGGGUGUACCAAUAAAAAAGACAGAGGGAAAUAGUGGACCAGUUAAAUUAAUUGAUCACAGUGAUUAAUUUUUCUUUGUUUAUGCUUUUUUGUUAUUUUUUUUUAUUUUUUCCCCAUGUCAGUGGAAAAAAACACUUAAGUUUGUCUCUUUAAAGUAUAUUUUGUUUUUAUGCUGAAUUCAUUCUUGUGUUCUGGGAACAAAUUCGAAUCUGCAAUGUAGAUGAGUUUUUGUAAUGAUAUACAAAAUUAACCUAUCAUAGCGGUUCCACUGUCUAGCGCUAAUGAAAUGUUUUUGUUUGUUUGAUCCAUUUUUGCUAUGUAAUAAAAUCAUUGAACAAUCACAAAAAUGGCAUCUUAUUACUGCAAUAAUUCAAUUUAAAAAAUUGCAAUGUGACAUUUGUGUCGUGUAGAUAUUGAAUUAUUGCUGUAAGGAGACAUCUUUUUAAAGUGAUAUUAUGGGCAUCUAACAGUUUAUAGGUGUCUAUCGCAACCGUUGUUUAUUUUUGGUGUUUUCACUUCAUAUACACUUAUAUUUGUUAAUGCAGCAUCAAAAUACUUAAACAAUAUCCCGGAAAGAGAAAAAUAAUGCAUUUGAAUAUCAACUGUACUUUUGUUUUGACAACUGACGACAGUAAUGAUUCGAUUUACGAUGUGAAUCUAAAUGUAGUUUUAGUGCAGAUUCGUUCAUACGACACAUUAUAUCUUUUCAGCUCAAUUCAACAGUAAAAAAUGCCCAUAAUAUCACUUUAAGGUUAACAUAUUAUUUGUUAAUGGCUGUUGCAAUAUGUUACUUUAAUUAUUCCUUUGUAUAAACCCACAAUGUGGGAUACAUUAAGAAUUUCACUUGUCCCUAACUCUGUGCUUAUCUUUGUCUCAAACCUUCACGUUUUGUUGAUCGUUAAAGGGUCCACUUUGCCUGGGACCAUUUUACCUAAAUUAUGGCGUUUUGUUAAAAAAAAAUUAUUCAAAAAUAGUAUAUGAUAAUUUAUUUGUAAAAAUUAAACGUGUUUAAGCAAUACACACUUUGUGUUGUUUAAACAUAUAUAGUACGGGCAUCUGAAUCUGUCACAUGUCUAGAUUUCUUGCUUAAAUUAUAAGAUUCCCAAUGGUAGGCACAACAACUGCAUUUAUAGAGAUAUUUACCGUGUGCAUACAGUUGCAUAUUUAUAACUCUUCAAAUGUCACCUUUAAAAACAAUGUUAUUCUGUUAUAAAUGUAUUUUAGUGUACCAAGAUCUGUUUGAACAAACUUGUUCAAAGACUGAAUAUCUUAUUGAAUGUCUGAAUUCCACUGUUGUUUCAACCACUAACCCACUUGAUAGGAUGUUGUGUUGUGUCUUAGACAUAUGGAUCCUUGAAAUUCGCCAAUUUUACUUACUUACAUGUACAUCUUUGUAUGAUCUGGCUCUAUGCAUGUAACUAUAUAUUUAGACUGAAUGAUUAAAGAUUUCAAAUCUCCUUAAGCAACCUUUUUUGAUGUAGGAUAUUACAUUUAAAGUGAAUGAGACACUAAACUAACCAUGGUUUUUGGCAUAGAUAAAAUAUGAAAUCUCCCAAAGUUCAACAAAUGGAUAGGGCUUCUGCCUUGUUUUUUGUUUUACUUUCUUUUUGGGAAAAUAUGAAUUAAAAACUUAUUUGAGUUAAAUAUUGAAAUCUCAUAAGGCAAAUACUGGAUUCUCAAUGGAGUCGUAAAAAAGUACAAUUGCACUUUUCAAUGUUGACAUUCAAAAAUGCUCUAUUCUUUUAAACAAAAUAUUAUUCAUUGAUUCAAAGUGCUUCAGCUAUGCCCAUUUUUAUGCCCCCGGUAGGGUGGCAUAUAGCAGUUGAACUGUCCGUCAGUGUGUCAGUAUGUGUGUAUGUCAGUCAGUCUGUCUGUCCAUCCGAAAACUUUACUGGCCAUAACUUUUUCAAUAUUGAAGAUAGCAACAUGAUAUUUGGCAUGCAUGUGUAUCUCAUGGAGCUGAACAUUUUGAGUGUUGGAAGUUCAAGGUCGAGGUCAUCAUUCAAGAUCAAAGGUAAAAAAAAAAGCGGCGUUCUCAUGAAGCUGCACAUUUGAGUGGUGGAAGUUCAAGGUCAAGGUCAUCCUUCAAGGUCAAAAGUAUUUUUUUUUUAUAUAUUUUUUUCAAAUCGGCGUUCUCAUGAAGCUGCACAUUUUGAGUGGUGGAAGUUCAAGGUCAAGGUCAUCCUUCAAGGUCAUCCUUCAAGGUCAAAGGUAAAAUAAAAAUAAAAAAAAUUCAAAGCGUCGUUCUCAUGAAGCUGCACAUUUUGAGUGGUGGAAGUUCAAGGUCAAGGUCAUCUUUCAAGGUCAAAGGUAAAAAAAAAAUAAAAAAAUCAAAGCGGCGCAAUAGGGGGCAUUGUGUUUCUGACGAACACAUCUUUUGUUAUACCUCACUUUGAAGAAAGCUGCAUAUAGGGGCAUUUUGUUUGCCUGUGUGUCCUUCUAUCCAGAUGUUUGUCAAAAAAUUUAAAUAACUUGGCGCAGAUGUUAACCAUUAUAAGAUGCUGUGUGAAAUUUCGAAGUAAAACAGUUUACUGAAUUCUUUUCUAAGCUAUAACAUUGCCAUUUGUUCAUGCAUAAACAAACUUGGCGCAAAUGUAAACCACCAUUUGACAACAUUUAAUGUGUAAACCCCCUCUAUUAUUUGAAGAUCAAGGUCACACAAAUAGGUCAAAGUUAAAUUUUGGCCAUGAAAUAACCUGUCUGGACUUUGAUGUUUGUCAUUCCUCAGGCAAUUUAAAAUCACCACCAUCAGGAGACAGCAUGUUUCAUAUUAGCCCUCUUUCUUCUUCGGAGGUCAAGGUCACAUUUAUAAUUAGGUCAUAUUUGGCCAUAAAAAAGAUGUGAACAUUUAAGAAUAUAUGCAUGGUCCCGAAAAAUUUACUUCUCAGUAACUGCUUGUUGGAAUUUGUUCGAUCUUAAAAGCUUAAUUACUGUAAUUUGUGGAUGAUCAUAAAGAAAUACAAUUUCGCUGCAACCAGUUUCUGCUAUAAUAUUGACCUUUGUCUUUUUUCCCAGUGUAAUAUAUGAUGUUGUUUAUCUGUUACAUUUUAGUUCAUCAUAGUAUAAGCAUACCAUUACAGCUUGGGACAUAUUGGGACAAGCUUUAGGUUUCUUUGUUUAGUGUUUAUUAUAAGGUUUGUGUUAAAAUAUUGGUUGAGUCACAUAUUUUAUGCAUUUAAACAGUAUUGCUGGUUCUUGGCAGUGAAAUGUUUAUAUGUUAGUGACAUAUCUUAUCCUGUGCAAUAUUGUUUUUUGUUCUAUUUCCAUUUUGUCUGCCUUUCUGCUGUACCUUUUUGUUCAAUUGCUCAAUCAUCAAUUAGAAGUACAUUUAAAUUUAAAUGCACAUAAACUUAAUUCCACAUUGGGUAGGGGUUGUCAAUAAAAUUCCACAUUGGGUAGGGGUUGUCAAUAACAGCAUUUUGUGUUGUUUUUUUAGCUCAAUUGAGCACAACCUGAUCAUGGUGAGUUUUUGAGAUCCACUUUGAUUGGUUGAUGUUGUCCAUCAUCAAUUGUUCUGUGUCACUAUUAACCUUAGUGGACACGCUUUGGGCCACAAAUAUUUCCCAAUUUAAAUAAAACUUUCUCAGAACAGGUCUAAGUGACACCUAUAAUGAGUUCAAAUUGGGUCAUUUAAAUCUGGUUGAAAACUAGAUCAAUAGGUCAAAUCAAAGGAAGAGCUUGAGAACAUUCUUGAUUCCUCAUGUAUUGACCAAUCAUUAUGAAAUUUGGGCAGAAAAUUUAUCAGAAUUAUAUUCCGACCGAUGCAGAAACCGAGUUAUAUGGGGUCAAAGACAGUGUUACAUAGUUUUAUUAAAGAAAAGCUUGUGAAUACUAACAAGGCCACAUUUAAGCCAAUUCUUUAUGAAACUUGGUCACAACAUUUGUCCCAAGUAAAGCUCAGUUGAUUCAUGUCGGGUCUGAAAUUAGGUCAUUAGGUCAAAAUAAAGAACAAGCUUGUGAAUGCUCUACAGGCUGCAUGUAUUGUCAAAUCUUUUAUAAACAACUGUAAAAUAGUCUUCCAAUAUAUCUUGGCUAAUUUUAAAAUUGAUUCACUUGUAUUUUCAAAUUUCAUGCUCAUGUAAGAACAUUUGUCUCUAUGAUAUCUCAUCUGUGUAUGAAUUUUGGUCAUUUGGGGUCAAUAAAUAGGUAAUCUGGUCAAAUUUUUGAAAAGCUUGUUAUCACUAUGAGUACAAUUGCUUAACGCAAUAUACAAUUAACUAUCUCAGGACAUUUGUUUGAAUGAUAUCACAGCUGAGUGAGAUAUGGUUUGGGUCAAUUAAAAAAAAGGUCACCAUGAUCUAGGGCAAUUUUGUGUAUGUGUCUGUUUUGAAACCAUUUGAAAACUCUAGAAAGUCACAUUUUUUACCUACUCAUCAUGCAACUUCUUUAGAACAUAACACAAUUAUGUUGUUAUAUUUUGACUGAUUUCUAAAAAUGUUCAAAACAUGACUGCCAGGUAUUGGGGUAGUUAACUCUAAAACCUUGUGAACACUACCUGCUUUGAACAGAUAAGUUCCAUGGUGUCUCAGGUGAGUGGCUGUGGGCCUUUGACCCUCUUGUUUUAUAUGGUUAUUAAAUAACAAAUAUGAAUGUCUCAGUACCAGUUGCAUGCUACAAAAAUCAAAGCAUUUGCAGUAUGUGUCCAAUAUGUGUGACACAAUGUAUAAUAAAAGGUUGAAUAAUGAAGACACUAUUUGGACCUACACAUGUGUUGCAUAAGACAUUCCUCACCCUCAUUGUAACAUUAAACAAACAAUAUAAACAAUUAUUCAUUGUCCAUUUCUGUUGUCUCAACGUGCAUGCUAUUAUCAGUAUUUUAGGGCAUCACAUGUGGUGUGUGACAUUGCAUGAAGUGUUAGUGUAAAUUCUCUGUUUGUUUUGAGCAAUGUUUAUACAAAUGUACAGAUCUCGCUGAAACUUGCACAGCUAUGACUUACUAGCGUAGAUGAUGUAAAUGAUUGUUAAGGAAGGAAUUCUGGCUUGAUCAGUUUUGGAAGAAUUAUGACCAUUUGUUUUUCCAUUAUAAAGCUUGUGUCAUUAAACCCUUGGUAGAUCUUGCUCCAACUUUAACAGCAAAAUUGUCUUUUUCGUUUUGAUGAUCCUAAAGAAGGAUUUUUUUUGUUGUGACUUGUGUUGUAGAAUUGUCUAUUUUUCCACAAAAGAAUAUAUAAACCUAAAAUUUGUGUGUACAUGUUGCUAGUUUGCACUCUCACUUUCAAAGCUGUAUGGCCUUGAUUUGAAGAUGAUCAUUAACCCUUUGCAUGCUGGGAAAUUUGUCAUCUGCUAAAAUGUCGUCUGAUGAAUUUCUAAAAUUACCAUUUUCUUCGAUUUUUUUCAAAGAAUACUAUCAGAAUAGCAAACAGUUUGGAUCCUGAUGAGACGCCACGUUUUGUGGCGUCUCAUCUGGAUCCAAACUGUUUGCAAAGUCCUUCAAAAUUCUGUUCCUGCACUGAAAGAGUUGAGAUAAAAAUGUUGCUGCAACUAGUUUUGGCUGAAUAAUGGAUGUUACUUUUUUUUACUAUAGAAGUAGAUAAUUAUAGUCUGCAAUAUUGUGUGUACUGAACUCCUUUUAAACAGCCAUGCUGAUUUUGUUCUUUAAAUAGCCAAUUUACCUUUCAAUAUUUAGAUUAUGGUAACAAGAGGAUAGUGCUGUGACCAGUUUGGUAGAACUUUGGCCAUUUCUCUUUUUGUCUUCUAAAAAUAAUUAAUGUAAUUGACUGUGUCAUAUCAUGUUUUGCGGGAUCAUCCGGGUCUGUGAUGCCUUUCUAGUUCAUUUAAUAGUAUUAUUUAUUACAAGAAAUUGUAUUCACCUGGCAGGUUUUUCUGUUUCAUAAAUAUGUUGACAAAUAAUGUUUCAUUUAGUUUUGUGUGUUUUUCUUAAAAACUAUGUUAAUUGUGUUUUGCCCAAUGUAUGCGGAUUAAGUAUGUAGUUAAAACGUGUAUAUAAUGUUUAAUGUGAUUUUGAUUAUCUCAUUGCAUAACUUGAAAUAACUGGAAUGUACGGAUACUUUAAUGUGUAUAUGUCCUCAAGUUGAUAUCCCGAUUUCAUUUUUGCUGUGCAAAGUUCCUUCCAAAUCUUUAUUUGUCAUAACAAAAUUCUUGCUAUAGAAAUGUGUUUGAAUGAAAGAAUGUACAGUCUUCUUCGUCCAUGCUUUAGUUGGUAAGAUUAUCACUUGUGUUAGGUGUCGUAAGCUACCCAUUCAUUUUGUGUGAACUUGAUAUAUUUUUUUAAGAAAUUCCAUUUCUGUUGUUUUAAAACAUUGAGUUAGGUUUUGGAAAAUAUGUUAAAUUAGUGAUGGAUGUUGGUGUUUGUUAAGUUUGUAUGACAUUACAACUAUUUAUUGUUAUCGAGAACGAGUAUGAAUGUUGUUGUUGAAUAUUUUGUGACGUCUUACUGACGUCGGAAAAAUAAAACUGAACUAUUCCA